AUGACAGAUGAAAGGAAAGAUCAAACUCUGGAAAAAUGUGGAUGUCCUAAAGAAAAGCCAACAUCUAUAGAUAUCCUGUCAUAUUCAACUUCAAUUGAUGCAUACUGUGAAAAUAAGUUGACACCCAGAAAAAGUGUGGACUCUGCAGUGAGCUCUAACUUUCCUUCAAAAUCAUAUCACCGUGCCAAAUAUAGAUUUAUGCGAUCAAUUGUAAAUAUCAAGAAUGUUUAUCAUAAUGUUGUUAAGGCUGAUUUUAAAGAAAUGUUCAAUACUGAGUUUGGACUACCUGAAGAAGACAGUAGUGACAAAAUACCUGCUGCAAGUUCCGGUAAAUCUGCUCUCUCUGGAAGCUCAGAACUGUUACUUUCUUACGUAAAAACACCUUUUAGGUUAGAGGGUUUUAUGCUAUUGGGGUUAACAUACAGUUUGAUUGUUUUACUCAAAUGGUUUGCAGUUGUGCCCUCUAGGUUUCUUACAUAUAGUAUAUGUGCUUUGCGAUCAGUUGUCAAGGACAAGAAUGUGCGGACUUCCCUUUUAACAAGCAAUCAUUGGUCCAGUAUUAACAAAUAUAAGAACGAUGCAAUAUUUGUUCUCCUAACUAUUUUUUCGCUAUUAAUGCUCACUGGUCUUGACGAAAGUAAAAUAUAUCAUAAGGUCAAAUCAGGGACAUCAAUGAAACUUUAUUUUAUGGUUGGUCUUCUUGAAAUAGCAAAUAAGCUACUUAGUGCAGUUGGUCAGGACAUUAUUGAAUUGCUAUUUAGAAUCAGCAUAUUAAAGCUUACAAAAGAUAAAAGGAUCCGUUUUGUUCACCAUGCUCUGCUCAAAUUCGUGCUGGUUGCGCUUUUAUCAAUUCUUUAUCUUACAUUUCAUUCUAUCAUAAUGGUUUACCAGGUUAUGGCACUUAAUGUUGCUGUUAAUUCUUAUUCAAAUGCUCUUUUAACUCUUAUUCUCUCUAGCCAGUUCAGCGAAUUGAAAGGAUCUGUUUUCAAACGAAUCGAACGAGAAGGAUUAUUCCAGCUGGUCUGUGCAGACCUAAAUGAAAGAUUUAUGUUAUUCACCAUGCUUUUGGUUAUAUCAUCCAGAAAUAUGCUUCAGCUUGUUUCAAAUGGAGCUUCACUUUCUAGCUUAUUUGAUAAUCUUAAGCCGAAUUCAUGGUAUUCAGAUCUCACCUUCUCAAAAUCGCUUAAUGAUUGGAUCGGCUUUUUAGUAGGUCCCUCUUUUGUCGUAAUCGGCUCCGAAAUAUUGGUCGAUUGGCUGAAGCACACAUAUAUCAUCAAAUUUAAUAAAAUCAGACCACGCGUAUACCGAAAAUAUGCUAGUGUUUUGGCUAAGGAUUAUCUUGCCGAUUUUGAGUUUUCCCAUUCUGAUGAACAAGAUAAUCAUCCCAUUACAAAGGAUAUUCCUGAGAUAUUAAUAAAAAGAACCGGUCUUCCUGUAUUCACACUUUGUGUGGUACUAUUUAAGAUGACAAUAUUCCCCUGGAUGGGAUUUGUUGUGGACUCUGAGAAUAUAUUUUUAUCUGUUCUAUUAGUGAUCAUGAUUCUAAUUUUAUGUUCCUUUCUUACAAUAUGUUUUAAAAUGGUUCUAAGUUUGAUCUUGGCUGAAUUCUGCAAAACUUUCGUCAGUCUCAAAACUUCAGGGCAUAUAAAAGAGGAUUAUUUUCCGGGAAACCCAAAUGUUCAUCUAUCAGAUGCUUCAGAUGUCCGUAAUGAGUUUUAUGAGGCGGGAGAAACUAUUCCGUUGUCUUUAGAAGAUAAAAGAAAAGAAAGAAUCAAGAAGGAUGAUGAUGAUAAAUUGGACUCUGUAACAAGAUUUGAGAUGGUGGGGAAAAGGAUAUGGUAA